UCUUUCUUCGCGUGGCUGAUUGUUGCUGUCGGUUCGUGGUUUGCUCCUUCUGUAUCGCAGGUUACUGGAGCAGAAGCACCAUGGGUUCGAAUCGUCAGAGACUUUUUUCACAAGAAAACGAGGAGUGAUGGUCACUACGAAGAACAAGUCUACGACUACAAGAACAUUAAGAACGUCCUCAAGCAGAAACCAAGUCCUCAAGAACGACAUCAAGUACAUUUGCAUGAUUCUCUUCGCGAUGCUGCAAUGUGGGAGGAGGAAGACGGGCAGAUGCCGAGUCUACCUAGUGAAACCUCCACCAGCAUUGAAAUAGACCAGAAAAAUGUAGUCGACGCAGUAGAGCAAAUAGAGCCUUCAUCGACAGCAUCCACGGACGAGAAGCCAGCCGCUGAGAAGCCCGAACGCAUUCAUCACGUAGUGGGAGAAGGCUAUCUUAGUCAUGUAGUUGAAGAUCAUAUCUACAACGGCGUGACGAGUGAGCCAUCUUCCCGAAGAGGAGAACCAAGACAUAAUCGAGAACCGGAGCUCCACGUUUUCGCGGCUCCCGACAUCAACAAUGAUAUGGAUGACGCGAUUGAGUACGCUGAAUGGCGGAGGGAGACGUUGCUUGAGUUCCUGGAUGACCACAAGAUCGAAAUGCUUGACGAGGAAAUCGAGGCUAUGAGAGGGCAUAAGAAUAAGACCGAAGUCAAGAAUCGGAACAUCAAAAGGCAAAAGUCUGAAACUGAGACUUCUACUCGUUCUAGUCCUGCUGGAGGUGAAGGAGGUAUGGAGGCUGCGACUUCUGGUGGUGCGAGUACCAAGAACGUAGAAGAUGAUGGAAAUGGUACGAGUGCGAGCAACUACACAACUACAAGUGAAG